AUGCAUAGGUCAAGGGACUAUGACCAUUACCAUUCAAGUUCCUCCAGCGAUGAAUCCUCCCAUAAGUCUGAUAGGUAUCACCAUCGCUGGUUGAAUGAACGUGAGGUCUCCAGUAGUUAUUCAGAUUCCCCUGAAAGGAGGAAUUCUAGAGAUGUAAAAAGUAGGUCGAUGGGAGAUCGCGAUACUUCCCCUCAACGUUCACGGCAUUACCGCAACGCUCAUGGCGAUGCAGUAAGUCCUGACAACGGCCAAGGGGAAGAACAUAAAGUCAACAGAACUAGGGAUUACCUUGACAGAUUCCAUUCGCGCCGCAAUCGGAGAGAUCGCUCCAUUUCCAUUUCCAUUUCCCCACGACAUUAUAGGGGAGGUGACUAUUAUUCUAGCGAGACUCCAUUGCGAGGCGAAUGCGAUCGUCAUCAAUAUGAUUCAAAGGGUGAUCAUUGUCAUGAGUCUUCCCCUCGUCACAGUAAUAGACCGCAUUACGAAUCCCCACCAAGAUACAGGGAUGCUGAUUAUUAUGACAGUCAUUACAAUUCUCCACCGCGAGACAGGGAUGAUUAUCGUUAUGAUUACCCAAGAGAUUACGACCAUUCUCCACGUCGUGGGAGACGUUACGAAUCCCCACCCAACUCUUAUCGGGAUGAUUAUGAUUAUGAUCGUAACGAAUCUCCAAUCCGGCGUUGGGGCGAUGAUCGUGAAUCACAUUCGCAUAGGUAUCGAAACAAAUAUAGAUCUCCAUCACCUUCUGAAGAAAGACGGAGGGGUGAAGAAUAUAGGCGGGAUCCCCCGAGAGAAUCAUUUUAUGCUUCAAGGAUGCGAGGAUGGGAUACUCGUUCCUCUUCACCUGUUCGUCGUUCUCGAUCACGAUAUGAAGAACGGAAGGAUGACGGGCAUAGUUGGUAUCCUCUUGGCGAAUCAGUUUCUGAUUCUUCCAGGCGGGAUGCUUCCUCCCCUUCAUCCAUCCGCUGCUCAGAAAGGAAGGGUAAAGGACAAAGGCAGUCUUCCCCUCGAAGAUCAUUUUCUGAUCCUCACCGGCGGAACACUCCCUCUCCUUCACCCGUCCAUUCUCGAGUAAGCACCGAGUACCCCAGCACGUCUCUUUCCCGGGUACGGAAAGAUGAAGGACACCAUGGUUCACCCCCUCGAUCCUCUCAUGAUAAUCAAUAUGAUCAAAGGCAUGAGACUCAGUCCCCUUCAUCUUGUCGUCCUUUAAACCGCAAUGGGUACUCAAGGGCUUCUUCAUCUUCUGAAGAAUGGGCAGUUGAAGACUGUAAACGGUUAACCCCGCAAUCACCUCAGGAGCGUUUGAGGGAUACUCGUUCCCCUUCAUCUGCCCAUCUUCAGUGUAUUAGUAAUGGAUACCAGAGUGAUGCGAGUAGUGGUAUCAGCUCAGUGGCAACCUCAAAACAAAAUCAAACAUGUCAAAGAGUAAAAUCUUUGCCCUCUGUUACACACACCUCAUCACUCAAGCAGGUCAGGGCAACCCCAGGUUCAUUAGAAUAUAAGGGACCGAGCGGGGAAAACAAACAAUUUCCCCCUCCCUCUGAAGCUCCAACUAGACAGUCAGAAGUACUUAAACAAGUCAGUGCUCAUUCUAUCAAUCAUAGGUUAAUUGAAAAUCGAGUUACUCUUUUGGAAUACAAAAUGGACUUCGUGCUUCAUCGCCUCAAAGCACUUGACGCACUAGAAUCAUCUGUCGAAUACCUGACAGCCAAAAUAGAGCAACUAACGUCAGAAAGGAGUACAAUACAAGAACCUAGCAAGGGUAACCCUAAGGGUCUUCCUGAGGCUGCUAAGAAUCAGACCUCUUCCAUGGACUUAAAGAAACCUUUGAUAUUAGAGCACUCAACACCAGAUCAGAGUGUAUGUUGCCAUGGAAAUGAGAAGCCUGGUCCUUUUGAGCCCAAGACCCUGCUUGAUGAAUCGGUAUCCAACCCAUCUGAACUAAAUCAGGGAAACGAUCUGGGAUCGGAGGAGUGGGUCCGACCCUGA